CCAGCAUUGUGGUGAAAACUGGUACACUCAUCUGGCCUCUGUUUUGACUGCCGGUGUGUCCGAAAGAUCUACGGAUCACAACAGCAAAAAUGAUGGGAGAAAGCUUGAGAUCGAAGGGCAUGAUGGAAGCAUCCCAUUUUUGUUUUGUGGCUGCUCAGAUCCAGCUGGGCACACUAUAUAAAGUGCCAUUAAAAGUUGAAAUUGACCCUGACCAAAGAACUCCUCUUGUUCUAGAAGCAACGAAGGUUCCACUAGCUUUCAAGAAGGAGGUGACGGCGGCAAAAGCCGAAGAUCCUACUCUCGCUGACAUGGAGGCUUCAGUGCCUAUCUCUGCAGGGCCAGCACAAGUGCCCAUCCCAGCACCAAUGACCAUUACCGUCCCAUUCGGAAAAGUGAAGCAGUCAUAUGCUGACCACUAUCAUCUGAAUAAUGAGACUGGACAGUGCAUAAAAACGACUCUGUCUGCUCAGGAGGUGAAGGCUGUCUCUCCUGCUCCUGAUGUGGAGGCUGCUCAAUCACAGCCUCUGAUAGAGCAGAAGCUUCUGGAACCAGCUGCUGAUAGUGUCACUGGCACUCCAUCACUCAGAGGAGUGAACACCAUGGAUCCUGGCAAGAUGGAGGCAGUGAGUCCUCCAGUAACAGCUGCCUCCACUAAGGAUGACGCACCAUCCUUUAAGCAGGAGGUGAUGGUGGCAACUGCUGAAGUUCCUCCUCUCGCUGACAUGGAGGCUUCAGUGCCCAUCUCUGCAGGGCCAGCACAAGUGCCCAUCCCAGCACCAAUGACCAUUACCGUCCCAUUGGGAAAAGUGAAGCAGUCAUAUGCUGACCACUAUCAUCUGAAUAGGCCCAGGGGGAGGUAUGUGGAUGUAUUUGCAACAUCAGAGCUGACAGUGCAAGUCGCCCCACCCAACAUGCUGGACCUCAUGGCACCAAUGGCCAUUCCUGACCUCAUAGAACAUCAAGAUGAGACUGGACAGUGCAUAAAAACGACUCUGUCUGCUCAGGAGGUGAAGGCUGUCUCUCCUGCUCCUGAUGUGGAGGCUGCUCAAUCACAGCCUCUGAUAGAGCAGAAGCUUCUGGAACCAGCUGCUGAUAGUGUCACUGGCACUCCAUCACUCAGAGGAGUGAACACUGUGGAUCCUGGCAAGAUGGAGGCAGUGAGUCCUCCAGUAACAGCUGCCUCCACUAAGGAUGAUGCACCAUCCUUUAAGCAGGAGGUGACGGUGGCAACUGCUGAAGUUCCUCCUCUCGCUGACAUGGAGGCUUCAGUGCCCAUCUCUGCAGGGCCAGCACAAGUGCCCAUCCCAGCACCAAUGACCAUUACCGUCCCAUUGGGAAAAGUGAAGCAGUCAUAUGCUGACCACUAUCAUCUGAAUAAUGAGACUGGACAGUGCAUAAAAACGACUCUGUCUGCUCAGGAGGUGAAGGCUGUCUCUCCUGCUCCUGAUGUGGAGGCUGCUCAGUCACAGCCUCUGAUAGAGCAGAAGCUUCUGGAACCAGCUGCUGAUAGUGUCACUGGCACUCCAUCACUCAGAGGAGUGAACACCGUGGAUCCUGGGAAGAUGGAGGCAGUGAGUCCUCCAGUAACAGCUGCCUCCACUAAGGAUGACGCACCAUCCUUUAAGCAGGAGAGAGCAGCAACAGCCGAAGAUCCUCCUCUCGCUGACAUGGAGGCUUCAAUGCCCGCCUCUGCAGGGCCAGCACAAGUGCCCAUCCCAGCACCAAUGACCAUUACCGUCCCAUUGGGAAAAGUGAAGCAGUCAUAUGCUGACCACUAUCAUCUGAAUAGGCCCAGGGGGAGGUAUGUGGAUGUAUUUGCAACAUCAGAGCUGACAGUGCAAGUCGCCCCACCCAACAUGCUGGACCUCAUGGCACCAAUGGCCAUUCCUGACCUCAUAGAAGAUCAAGAUGAGACUAAGCAGUGCAUAAAAACGACUCUGUCUGCUCAGGAGGUGAAGGCUGUCUCUCCUGCUCCUGAUGUGGAAGCUGCCCAGUCACAGCCUCUGAUAGAGCAGAAGCUUCUGGAACCAGCUGCUGAUAGUGUCACUGGCACUCCAUCACUCAGAGGAGUGAACACUGUGGAUCCUGGCCAGAUAGAGGCAGUGAGUCCUCCAGUAACAGCUGCCUCCACCAAGGAUGAUGCACCAUCCUUUAAGCAGGAGGAGACAGCAGCAAAUGCCGAAGAUCCUCCUCUCGCUGACAUGGAGGCUCCACAGUUACAGACUCUCAUUGAUCCGUUGCCGGUGAAUACUCCGAAGCAGCCUCAUGUUGGUCCUGGCAGCAUGAAGACAGUGAGUCCUCAAGUGAAGACUGCUUGCACCAAGAAUGACGAACCAUCCUUUAAGAGAUAUUGUAGGGGCUGGCUCUCGUGGAUAAUUCCUCGAAAGAAAGAAGCUCAUCUCCCUGAUGACAAAAACAAAUCUAUUUUUUGGGAUGAGUCUAAACAAAAAUGGGUGGAUCGGAAUGAACCAGAGGAAAAGACCAAAGCCGUCCCACCACCACCCAUGGGCCCUCCACUGAUGCCCCCCAGGAACACAGGCAGUCCAACAGGAAGUGGUGGUCCAUCUACUGCACUCCCCACCAAUGGACCACCAGUCAACAUGUUCCGAAGAAUUGGAAAUAAGAACCGAUAUGUUGACAUCAUGAAACCAAGUGGAGACAACACUAAGCCUGUGGAGUCUUUCGUUUCACCAAGCAUGCUGACCCUGUGGACUCCUGUGGUCAAGACAAAUAUAUUCAACCCAGCUCAAGUGUGUUCAGGGGAUAUGGUUGAAAGCGUUACACAGCUUUGUCCACCUUUGGCUGAGCUCUCAAGACCCCCUACUGAGACUGAGACUGUGCAUGACCCUGCUUAGGGAUUUUAAUCCUUCUAUAGAUCAACUACAUUUUGGUGCCUUAAAGAAUGCAGGACAUUCUAAAAAACAUACAAAAGCCAGACACUUUAGUUUACUGUUACAAAAAUAAAUUUUCAUUCAGCAUCCUAA